GGGGCGCAUGCCAGCCCGCGGCGCCCGGGGGGCUGAGCGGUGCACGCCCCGCGCCGUGCCCGCACGGGAACGGGGCCUUCCUCCCAGCGCAUCAGCCCCUUGCCACCUGGAGGGUCCCGCUCCGUGGCAGUCCAGGUGGGCUUUGGUGCUGCUCAGGGCAGGCUGCACAUCCACCAGCCCCGGGGGGCUGCAGCCACGUGCUGUGGCAAGGGCCCGUUGCGCCUCGCUGCCCGCCGAGGCUCCUUCCUUCCCGCGCCCUGCGCCAGGCCAGUUUGCUAUCGAUUGCCACAGGGCUCUCCGUUAACAAAGCGCCCGCGAACCCGCAGAAGCCAGGCGCCCAGAACCACAGCGGUAAACAAACUCCGGCCUGGCACGCCGUGUCCUGCGCGGCUGCCGGCCUUCCAGGAAACGCAGCAAUAGCCCCCUUGUCGCCAGCAUCUUCCAUCGCCCAUGCACGAGGGCUUGGCUGUCCUCUCCUCCCGGAUAGCGGGGCGAGCGGCGCAGAGGGAAGCGGCGUGCAGGGAGUUGGGAAGAGACCCCAGCAGUCCCAAGCACUGGAGGAGACGCGUUCAUCCGCAUCCCACCAGGGUGGCAACCCGGAGCGACGCCAGGUCCUUACAGCCUAGACACGGCCCACCUGGAGGGGUGUGUUGUCUGCACAGGUGUGUGGAGCGCGUGUCCUCAGCCGCGGGUCUCGUCUGUGGGUGCUUUGGCGAUACGAGUUUUCGGGGCGCUCUUCCUUUGCUUUGGCACAGCAAGGGGACGGCUUUCAUGCACACACAAGGAAUCGAGCCCACGCCACCCCCGCCCGCGCUUGGCCCGCAACACUCGCUUGGCACCGGCUGAGCAGGACCGGGACUUGCCAAGGCUAAGGUGGGAAGUGGUGUCAGUCCAGCUCCUGCUUGCUGGCACGUUGCCCCCUCCCCUCUGCCCUCGGCUCCAAGCAGUAAUUGUGCAGCGAUCUGCCUGCCUGUGCCCGGGUGCUGCAGGAGGAAAGGUGCCCUCCAAGGAGGGCCGCAUCCGCCAGGGACUUCUUCUCUUGAAAGCUCAGGAGAAAGCAGCCGCACCCUGACCCCGAGCUGGGAACACACCAUCAUCACCCGCCUGUGGAAACAGCUGUGCCCCAGAUGCAUCCACCUCCUGGCUCUGGGGUCGGAACGGGCUACCCACACACGGGGCUUGGCUCCUUGCGGCGAGGUCCAGCUUUCCUGGAAGCAUCCCUGGAAAGCAGCUGCCCGGGACCUCCCCGGGAGCAGCCUGGAUCCCCGGCCGGAACGAGGUCUUCAGUCAUCCUGACACGGCCUCUCCGAGCACGGCCCAAUGCAUCCAUCACGGCCGUGACAGCCAUUGAUCUCGCCAAGGCACGGGACCGGAUUAAUUCACCUCGACGGUGAUUUAUGCACCACUGCCCCCGAGUCGGGCUAGCGAUGCCGGGGGGCUUCCUACCGGAGAGCGUUCCUUCCCCUCGGGGAAAAGCAGGUUGCUUGUGGCGUGCCUGCACUUGGGUGGUGCUGAGCCUCGCUCCGAGAGGCAGGAGGGGGCCGGGGAGUUUACCGAGCGCGUUCUGGUUCGGAGCGCCGCGUGCGUCCAGGUUUCCGUCACACGUGGAGCUUCAGACCCAGCAGCUUUCGCACUCGGAGCGGGAGCGCGGAGGGGAAAUAUCACACGGUGCUGGGAAGCCCUGACGAGAGCCAGGCCCCAGCGAGGCCUGUCACUGCCUUGGCUGGAAAACAAACAGCUACUUGAAGGAGCGGCUCCUCGCGGGGGAAGCACGAGGCCAGAGGGCUGCCGGAGGGGAAGGGGACGCGCCGCUCCGCCUUCCCUCCUUGGGUCCGGGCCAUGAACGGCUUCAGCGCGCGGGGGUGCAAUGCAUUCACCCACCGCUCGCGGGGCGGCCUCGGGGGCGCUCGGAGCUGCACGAGCACGUGCUCUCCGCGGGGCCGACUACUGCCCUUCGUGUCCUUAUGUCACGGGGUGAAACCCCCCAGAAUGGAUUCAAGCAGAGCUGGCAACCCUGGCACCAUCCCGCAGGGCUGGGAGCGCCGAGGGGCCCCUGCCUGCCUGCAAUCCCAGCCCUAGCAGAGCACCAUACGCGCCCAUUACACAGGUGGGGAAAACUGAGGCCCAGAGCGCUAUAGGUGCAUCUUGCUAUGCGGUGUGGAGCACUGGACCCCCCCCCCCCCCACGCCCCGGUGGGAGGAAAAGGGAACAAAAUAAAACGAAACAAAAAGAGGGACGCGGCGCCUUUAAGAGCAAACUGGCGCCAAUUCUGCGGGCCGUACCACGCGGCGGGAGGGGGGCGGGGAGUUGGUACGGCCCGGGGCGGACUUCCCGCGAAAUUCGCUACAUUGUAGCGGCGCCAGAACGCGGCGGGCCGAGCGUUCCAUCCGGCGCAUGGCGCAGCCCCGCCUCACUGCCUUCUUCCCGCGCGCCAAGCCCGGGCCCGCGCCGGGCAAGAGCAUCGCCCGCCACCGCCGUGCGGGGCCCGGCCUGCCCCUCGCCUCCCCGCGCACGCCGCCCCGCAAGGAUGCCGCCGCCCCGCGCCCCCCGGCCAGGAAGCGGAGCCGCCCGGACCCCGACCCGGAGCCCGGAGAGGGUGUCCGGGGCUCGGCCAGGAAGCGCCUGGUGCUGCCGGAGCCGCGCGCCCCGGUUUCCAGCCCCAGCGCGGCAGCAGCCGCCGGACCCCCGACCCCGUCCUCCCUCGACAAGAAGGCGAAGAACGUGGUGAACACGACGCUGUCACCGGGCCCCAGGCAGGAGAGUGAUCUGCCGGCCGGCUUGGCCACCCAGGAGGGAAACUGCAGCUUCGAGCGGGUCCAGAACAAGGAGGACGUUGCUCAGCUGAAAUGCCGCCUGCAGAAACUCCAAGCGCUGACGCAAAAGUCCAAGCUGCCCGCCACCUCCACAGAAACGUGCGCUGCCCUUCAGAGCCGCCUCAAGCAAGCGCAGGCGCUGGAAGCCAAGAUCCGCAAAAGGCGGGCGGAGGAGAAGACAUCUGAGCCGGAACCAUCCAGAGAGCCCAGCGAGCCCCCAGCUGCAACCAGGGACAAGGCACCUGCCUACCAGAGGUUCCACACCCUCGCCCAGGACGUGCCCCCCGGGCUGACGCUGCCCUACAAGUACAAGGUGCUGGCCGAGAUGUUCCGCAGCAUGGACACCAUCGUAGGGAUGCUCUUCAACCGCGCCGAGACCAUCACCUUCGCCAAGGUCAAGCAGGGCGUCCAGGACAUCAUGCACAAGCAGUUUGAGCAGUGGCAUGUGGGUCAGAUCAAAGCCGUGUACCCUGCCUCCUACACGCUGCGCCAGGACAACAACAUCCCUACCUUUGGGGCUGGCAUGAAGCGAUCUGGCUACCAGCUCACCAUCGAGCCCGUGCUGGGGGAAGAGGAGAAGGUAGAUGGCCGUCCCCACCUGUCGGCAUCGCGCUUACUGGAGCGCCGCAAGGUUUUCGGCAGGAACCUGAUGAACCUGGUCAAGCAGCAUCACAAGACCUUCCUGGCAUCUCUGAGCCCGCCCCUGGCCGUGCCUGAUGACCAACUGACCCGGUGGCACCCCCGCUUCAACGUGGAUGAGGUGCCGGAUGUGGUGCCGGCCGAGCUGCCGCAGCCUCCAACAGUGGACAAGAUGACCACGGCCCAGGAAGUGCUGACCAAGGCCCGGAGCAUGAUGUCCCCCAAGAUGGAAAAGGCCCUCGCCAACCUGGCCUUGAGAACGGCCGAAACCAGUGCCACCGAGCAGGAGGUGCCCAAGGCAUCCCCAACUGGCACCCCCAGUGCCCUGAGAGGGGUGUCCCAGUCUCUGCUGGAGCGGAUCCGAGCCAAGGAGGCGCAGAAGCUGCAGGCCCUGAUGACGCGGGCGCCGGAGCGGGAGCAGCGACUGGCCAUGCUGGCACGGCUGCCGGAGAUGGCGCGGCUGCUGCGCACCGUGUUCGUGGCGGAGAAGAAGCAGGCGCUGACAGUGGAGGUGGCCUGUGCCCACAUGAUCGACAGCUACCGCACUACAAUGGCGCCCGGUGAGAUGGAGAAGCACCUGCGCCUCUUCUCCGAGGUGCUGCCUGACUGGGUCAGCCUCCACCCCAUCCGCCAGGACACCUACGUCAAGCUGGACAAGAGCAAGGACCUCAACAUCAUCGUGGAGAGACUGAGCAAGCUGAUCCACGAGGAGGAGAGGCUCUGAUCCCCACUGGGCUGGGGUGGGUUGGGGGUGAGUGGGGUUGGGAUUGCAGACCUCACUUAGUGCAAUCUGUACCAGGAAUGUAGCAGACAACGUGUGAGUGGGGCCCUGCAGGGAAGCCCCUUUGGGCUGCUGGUGGUCUUGUUGGCUGCCGCAGCGGGAAGGCAGAGAGGUAGACGGGCGCCUUGUUUUAACUUGUGUUUUUACCCCAAUUCUGCUGGACACUGGCCCCUGCUCACACAGGAGGGCAGCCGGGUCCUGGCUCUCUGCCUGGAGCAAGUGAACUAGACGUGUCUCCUUGCAGCUCCGCGCUCUCAGCUCCUUGGAGUAACAGGCUGCAUGUGAGUCCAACCCUGCCCUGGGCUGCGACCCGGCCAGCUCCUUUUGAGCCGCACAGGCACGAGUCCCCCGGAUGCUUUAACAGCUCGGCUCCAUGGACGGAGUCUUAUUGUCUGUUUCUUCCGUUAAUUGAAUGCCCUUCAAGGCAGCCGGUGCUUGUUACCAGUGGAGUUUCCUUUUUAAAAUCACAGGUGCUUCCGCCACUGUUUUUAUGCAUUAUUCCGGGUUCGGGAAGGGGGGUGCAUCUACUGCCCUAGCGCUGGCCAGGCGCCUCGGCUGUGUACAUAGUUUUCCGUAUGUUCGUAUUAAACUUAAUUGCUUCCA